AUGCUGCUAAAAUUCCGUUUGAAAGUUCUUUUGUUCCAAAUGACAAUUUGCUGGUUAUGCUAAAGAAAGAGUGGGAGAGCAAAUGACAGAUGUAAUUCUGUACUGCAGGCAUAGUGGUAUGGAAUCACAUUUGAAUGAAUGCUCUGGCACAUGACCUUUUUUUUGUGCUUUAGGAGCAUAGAACAGCUGGAGCGUACGUCCAGUGUGAGGCAAGAAUAUUCAGUACCAUAGACAGGAACAGAUGCCAUAACAUAACUAGCCUCAUUAGAGGGAGCAAGAGAAUACAGGAACAUAACACAAAUGUAAGCAUUAUGGGGUUGUUGAGAUUGCUUUGUAAUGAUCACUUUCAACAAAGAAAGCUGCCAAAUGUGAGAAGAGAUAAGUAUGAUUUAGAACUUAUGGUUUUAGUUUGCCUACCAUGUGUAACAGAUCACAAUAAACAGACAUUUUAUUUCCUCUUUUGUUUGAACUUUCUGUGAUAUAGAAGCUAGUUGUCCAAUAAUUGUUAUCAUUGGUGUCUGUUCCGUAGUCCUGUCAUUGAACUAAAAAUUUAAAAGUAGGUUGGACUGCAUGAAAUCAAGUGUUAGAUAUGAAAUCGGUGUAAAUGAUUUUCCUAGUCUUGACAAAGAAAAUUCUCAAUGAUGGGAUAACCGGAUAACCACUGAUCAUAUGUGGCACUUUACAACUUUAGACACCCCUCAAUGCCUAGCUAGACGCUCUGUAUUUUCUUUGGGAUAUGCCCUUUUUUGUACAUUCCCUUCUUCCUUCUUGUACAUAUUUUCUCUUUUGAUAAAAUUUACUGUCGGGGCCUCCCCUACACUGGCUCAAAAAAGUACUGACACCCAUAAUAUACUAACUGAGCGGCAUAGUGGGGUGGUUGAAACUUGUAGUUCUUUUCUGUUAUACAGUUCAGGCAUUGGGAUCCUUCAAAUCUGGCCUUAAUGCACCAACUAACCUAUGCACUAGCUUUUCUUCAUCAUACAGGGCACCCAAACAACGGAACAAGGCAGGAGGCACAUGGCCUGUGCUGUUUAUUAUGUGUAAAUAAAAUUUUGUCCCUUGCCAUACCCACUCAUCAUUGCAGAGGAUCCAAACUCAUGAUCCAUUAAUAAUUUAGUACCGGCACUAUAGGAUUCCUCUUGCCUGUGUCAUUGCCAACACUGCUAUAUAAAUGGCUUAGGGAGGAACACUCAUAGAGAUCCAGAACUGAACACCAGUAGUAUAGGAGAUAUAUCAUCUAGCUAGCAAUGGCUGCCCGCAAUGGUAGCAGGAGGACAAAGACGGAGCAGUGGCUGUUCAGUGGGAGAUGGAGGGGAACUGUCAAAGAGACACGACAUGCUGUUGCCUCUGAGGAUAAGCCUCCAAAUCCCGCCAUGGUUCAGAAGGAUGAGGAUAUCUGCCUUGAGAAGUCUAGAGUGCAUCUGCCUGGUCUGGGACAGAGGGAGAUCAUUGACAUAGCACCUGGGAGGAAAUCGAUGCCGGAGAUGGAGAUCAACAUGAAGGAAGUUGUUGCGGUGCUGGGGGUGAAGGUGAUGGCUGCAGACAUGCCACCAUUCAUGCAGUUGCAUGCAUUCCGAUGUGCUAAGCGAUCCCAUGAUAGCUUGGACAAGUUCAGUUCAAGGCAGGUGGCCCAUGACGUGAAGAAGGAGUUUGAUAAAGUGUAUGGUCCUACAUGGCACUGCAUCGUCGGUACAAGCUACGGUUCUUUCGUGACACAUUCCAGAGGUUGCUUUCUCUACUUCUCCAUGGACAAGAUCAUCGUGAUGCUAUUCAAAACCAAGAUCAGAAAAGUGUCAGCAUCUUGAGCCUUUGCAAUAAGAUGGCUUAUUAUCUCUGUCCCAUUACUCAUUCACCUUCAUGGUGACUGGUUAUAGUCAGGAUAUGAUUGUGAGGUUGGAGGUUGGGAACAGAAGAGCCAGCCAACCUCAACUAUAUGGUUGUUAUUUGUGAGGUGCAACUACUGAACAUGGCACCGUAAUGCUCUGCACUUGUAUAUUGAAUUAACAGUUGAAAAAAGGCGAUGAUUAAUGGACAGCUCUGACAAGAUACAGCGAUCACCGUCAGGAUCACGUUGUAAGAUUCCUAAUUAGUAGAUCGAGUCGUCUCAGUCAGGGCAUGACUUGGUCAUCAUUUGUAGAUUAAUCAAAAGGUUUCCCGUUCAGUACUAGACAGCUGGAACAAGAAAUUCUGUCACGCAGCAUGUGACAAUCAAUCGACAGGCUUAACAGGAAGAGUUCUUAACAUUUCUUCCAUGGACAGUCGUAUUAGGUCCAUUGCUUUGUGAUUUUGAUUUUUUAGAAUCAUCAACAUUGUUUACCUUUUUUUUUA